GGCUGUUGUUCCAACAACUUUUUGAGCUUCUCUCUUCAAUUAGUUUUCAUUAAAGUUUACUUAGAGUUUUCAUAAGUUUAUUGAGUGUGUAGUUCACAGUUUAAAGUUUUUCGAGUCCAACAAGUUUAAUAGAUAAAGUGUUAAUGUGCUCUCCUAAGCACUGGUCUAAUGGAUUUAUUUGAAAAAUAAACCUUCAACCCAAUUAUUUCGUCACGAACGAGUCAACUUCGAUGGAGUCCUAAUUAGAGGUUUAGCGGCUAACGUAUCCACUCUUCAAGUUUGGCGCUCAAUAUUUCAAAAGGCGCCACUGUGGUCCUAGUAACAUCGACAUAGGACAUACAGACGAGCGCCACGAGUGCAAGAGAGAUAAAAAUAGUUCCUAGGAACUUUCUCAAAUUCUUUCUUUACUUCGACAUUUAUGGUCAUUGUGUUGGUUGAUGUUCAUACAUUCUCGUUGCCUGUGAACGCAUUCAUAUAAUUUAUUUAUUUCGUAAACAAAUUUGACACUCCAAGUUGUGAAAAAGCGCUCAAGAGAGAAAUGGAGGAAUUCCAAAAGAAAAUGCAGUCUGAGGUUGAUGCUUACAAACAAUUGCAGAGAGAAUACCACAAAGCGCUGAUUAGUCGACAACAACUCGAUGGUCAAUUAAACGAAAAUUCCACAGUGAAAGAGGAACUUAGUCUCCUCAAAUCUGGCAAUGAAGUUUUCAAAUUGAUUGGACCAGUUCUUAUCAAACAGGACUUGGAAGAGGCUAGGCAGAAUGUCAAUAAGCGAAUUGAAUUCAUAACAAAUGAAUUGAAACGAACAGAGGCAUUGAUAGCAGAUCUCGACUCAAAGCAAGAGAAACAUCGUGAGACUCUCGACAAACUUCAACAGAUGUUCCAGCAGGCCCGCCAGAAAUCUGCCCUGAAAGCCUAAAGAAAACCUUAUUUUAUUCGCUAAGCCCCCCCCCCUCACUCAGAAAAAAUGAAAAACAGAAAUAUCUAGAGCAUUAAAUUAUAACCUGAAGUAAAAUAAGAAUGAAAUAAAGAUUAUUUCUGCAUUACAAAAGAGUCUAACAGUAAAAAAGCCUUUAAUAAUAAAUUUAUUGAGCAGUCAA